GACAUAGUUUGGUAACCCCAAAUAUCCAGACAUACUCUUCCAUGUCUGAGUGAAGUGCUUCUUCAAAUGUGGACAGCUUCUUCCUCCGCCUCCGCCUCCACUUCCACCUCUGCCUCCUCCUCUUCCUCUCCCUAUCUUCGCCAUCCCAAAACCAUGGAGGAAGUUUGGAAAGACAUAACCUUCGCUGCCUCCGAUCUCCACCUCAACCCCUCCUCCCCUCGCGGCGUCAUCCUCCAAGACUUCUUCUCCAAAGCUCCUCCGCCCUCCUCCGCCCCUUCCCACGCCUCUCCUCCGCCUCCUCCUCCCACAAUGCUCACUCUCAGCUCCGAUCACUUCGGCACCCUCCUCUUCCAGCCCCACCACCGCCACCCCGCCGCCUUCGACGCCGUCGUCCCCGAUGACACCGCCGCCGCCGGAAAGAAGAGGUUCCCUGAUUUCGACAGGAGCUCCGGCGACCGCCGCCAUAAGCGUAUGAUCAAGAACCGCGAGUCUGCUGCUCGCUCCAGAGCUAGAAAGCAGGCUUAUACAAAUGAGUUAGAGUUGGAAGUUGCCCAUUUGCUUGAAGAGAAUGCCAAACUCAGAAAACAGCAAGAAAAGUUUUAUAGAGAAGCAGCUGCUGAGCACCAGAAAAGGAAGCCUCUCCAUAGAACAUCCACUGCUCCAUUUUGAAUUUUUAACUUUUUUUUUUUUUUUUUUUUUUUUUUUUUUUUUUUUUUUUUUUUUUUUUGGUUCAAGAAAACUGGUGGGAACUCAGUACUAAUAUUAAUUAAUUUUCUAUAAUGUCUCUUGAUAUGAGUAGAAUGGAUUUUUCACUGGAGGGCCCUUUUCCUCUUUUGUUGAUCACUCCUUUGGAAUCCAUCACCAAGAUAUGAAUACAUCUUCUUUUCUCACUGCAACUACUGCAGCUACUGCUUUUUUUUCUUUUUAAAAAAAAAAAAAAAAUUGUUGGAAGGAGAGAGAAAGAGAGAGAAUAUAAGUGUACUAGGUAGAAGAGAGUUGGUUUAUUGGCUGCUGCAAAAGUUUGGAUUCUUGCUGGGAAUGGCUUUUUCUACUUCUGCUUCAUCAUAAUCACUUCUUUAUUUUUUUUUGACCAAUUUUAUUCUUAAUUUGAUUAUUACUGCUGCUGCAUUUAUAUGCUGAUUUGAU